CAUAUAUAUAUAUAUAUAUAUGUAUACGUUAUGUAUACGUUAUGUAUACGAUAUCGAUAUAUGUGUGUUAUAUAUGCAAGCAAAUUUCUAUACAUACAGCUUUGUAUGACCAACAUAUAAUUCAUGUAUGCUCGAAACGUUUAUAUGGGAUUAUUUUGUACAACAUCAUUCACUUACUAGCAUAUACGUUCGUGUAUUGUGUGUAUAGCUUAAUGGGUCUUCGCCUGAGUGGCACUCUGAUGGUUGACACCGUGUGCCUUCGUUCAUUCCUACUGACGGCUCCGUAAAAUGGGCACCAUUCAAGACUUGCCUAAUCGUCCCUCGUUUUAAGUGUUUAGCGUUUUAGGGUUUAAGGUUUAGGGCGUAACACCGCACUACAGCGCGUUUACCGUGGCUGUCAGCCAACGCACCAUUCCUCACACAACGCCAAUCCCUUCCCUUCGCUUUGCGUUGCCUGUAUUUGACUGUCACUGCCCGUUUUUGACUGUCACUGCCUGUCUUUGACUGUAUUUGUAUGUAUUUGCCUGUCUUUGUGUGUCUGUUCAUGCACAUGUGCAGAUACUCAUUCGAUGAGGUGAACAAAAUGCUGACUAAGAAUUCUGGCCUCAAAGGCAUCUGUGGCAAAGGUGACUUCCGUGAUGUGGCCGAGGGCCAUGAGCAGGGUGAUGAGCAGAGCUCUCUGGCGUUCAAGAUGUAUGGCUAUCGCCUGCACAAGUACAUUGGGGCGUACAUGGCUGUGUUGGGUGGUGAGGUGGACGCCAUAGUCUUCACCGCCGGAGUGGGUGAGAAUAGCGCAGCUCUGCGUCACAACGUGUGCAAUUCGCUGCGGCCGAUGGGAGUGUCACUGGACAGUUUCAAGAACAAACAACGAGGCAUAGUGGACAUAUCUGCCGACGAUUCAAGGUAUGCCACUUCGCGACAGUGUGGGACUCCAUUGUCAUGCGUGUGCACUAAGUGAUUGUUACGUUAUGUAAUGCGUUAAUCCGUCAUGCUUGGCCUGUCAACAUAUGCGUUAAUCCGUCAUGCUUCACCUGCCUACAAAUGCGUUAAUCUGUCAUGCUUCGCCUGUCUACAUAUGCGUUAAACUGUCAUGUUUCGCCUGUCCACAUAU